GUUCGACUGGCGGAAGCUGAGAACACAACAAGCAGUCAUGGUGUUCUACUUUGACACAGAGAUUGAUGGCAAGACAUACCACUUGUACAUGGGCAAGGACAAGUAUGAGAAUGAGGACUUGAUCGCAUACGGCUGGCCCGAUGACCUGUGGUUUCACGUCGAUUCGUUGUCGUCUGCCCACGUGUACGUGCGCCUUCCCGAGGGUGAAGGCCACUUGUGGAAGGAGCUGCCAGACCAACUGAUCGAGGAAUGCUGUCAGCUCGUCAAACAGAACAGCAUCGAAGGUUGCAAAAAGACGAACGUGCGGGUGGUGUACACGCCCUGGGCAAAUUUGAAGAAGACCAGUGAUAUGGAAGUAGGCCAAGUCAGCUUCCACAGCAGGAAGGAGCUCAAGUACUUUACGGUGGAGAAGAGAAACAAGGAGAUCUUGAAGAAGCUGUAUGCAACCAAGGAUGAGCGGCAUCCCGACUUGAAACACGAGCAAUCACAACGACAUGCACGCGAAUUGAGGAAGAAAAAGAAAGAGCAGCAGCAGCGGCGCCAGCAGGAAAAACUCAAAGUUGAACGAAAACGCGAAGAGAAGAAACUCAAGACAUACGAGACACUGCAGGAUGAGGCUUUGAUGGAGACGAACAAACACGGCAUGAGCGUGGACGACUACGAAGACGACUUUAUGUGAUGGCGGCCAUGAUGGACGAUGCAUGCUGGUGAUGGGUGGUGAAGGGUUGCACUGACGAUGAUAAAAGGUGGUGGUGGCCGGUAAAGAGCAAUGGUUUGAUGGCUUUUUUGAUCUCGCGUGGAUGCAUGCACGUGUUGACAUCGGACACAUGCGCGCACAACGGCAGUGUAGUUGUGCAGUUGUGCAGUUCAGUUUUGUUGUUGCUUAGUUGAAAUGUGUCGUUUGUUUUGUUGCUGUUUCAAGUCUGCGUGUGCGCUGUGUACCUCCGCUUGGUUGCUUGGAGAGUCAGGUGCGCUGAGGUUGAUGUUGAAAUGUGGACACGAACACACUCACAGUGCAACAUUGGUGCAGUUG